AUGUCCUCAAUCAAACCCCUUGUCUUGCACGCCCAUUCUACGGGCCCCAACCCCAUCAAGGUCGCCAUAGCCCUGCAGUACCUCCAAGUGCCAUACGAAGUCAAACAAUGGCAAUUUGGCGAUGACGCAGAAAACGGAGUAAAGGGCGCAAAAUUCUUGCAGAUCAACGAAAACGGCCGUGUUCCCGCCCUAGAGGAUCCCAACACCGGCGUCGUCUCCUGGGAAUCCGGCGCUUGCAUGAACUACGUUCGACGCGUAUAUGACAAGGCCGGAAAGCUGGGCCCAGUUAGCAAUGCGGAGCAGGACAUUGUUGAUUUCGAAAAGUGGGAGUAUUUCCUGCUGACGACUCUCGGACCGAUGUUGGGUCAGACGAACUGGUUCCGUCACUACAAUGCGACCAAGAAUGAGGAUGCCCUGGAAAGAUAUGUUGCCCAGAGUUAUAGGUGCUUCGAUGUUCUCGAGAAGCAUCUCGAGAAGACAUCCGGGGAGAACAUCUUGCCAGGCAAGGUGACCGCCGUUGAUUACCAUUUCGAGCCGUGGGUGAGACAGUACACUUUUGCUGGUUUAUCUUUGAACAAAUAUCCGAAAAUUGAAAAAUGGCUGAAGGGAAUGACUGGCCGUGAAGAGGUGAAGCAGGCAUAUAUCAGCAUCAAGGGCGCUGCUCCGCAGUAA